AUGGAAGAGAGAAUGCGGUCGGUGCCGAGAAGGCAGACGAGCCUGGGGAGCAUUGGCCGGAGCUUGAGCCGGGGGGUGGAGGAGGUGUUUUCCGGCGGCGGCGCCGGCGGGACACCUCAGCGGCGGAGCGCUCGUGGGGAGGAGGACGAAGAGGCCCUCAGGUGGGCGGCGCUGGAGAAACUGCCGACUUACGAUCGGCUGAGGAAGACUGUGCUCAAGUCGUUUAUGGAGACUCCGACUAACGGGAGCCUGAAAGUUGUUCACCGGGAAGUCGACGUGAGAAAGCUGGACAUAAACGAGCGGCAGGAGUUCAUCGACCGCUUUUUCAAGGUGGCCGAGGAAGACAAUGAGAAAGUUGGUAUUGAUCUUCCGACAGUUGAAGUAAGAUUCGAGAACCUGACUAUUGAAGCUGACUGCUUUGUCGGCGACAGAGCACUACCGACACUUCCAAACGCGGCCCGUAACCUAGCCGAGACAACAUUGGGUUGUUUUGGAGUUAGGAUGGCUCAAAAGACUAAGCUCACUAUACUAAAGGAUGCCUCAGGCAUCAUAAAGCCCUCUAGGAUGACACUAUUGUUAGGACCACCGUCCUCCGGUAAAACAACCCUUUUGUUGGCUCUAGCGGGAAAAUUAGACCCUACUUUAAAGGCAACUGCUAUGCAGGGUGUGGAGAGCAGCCUUAUUACAGAUUAUACUUUGAGGAUAUUGGGACUUGAUGUGUGUAGAGACACCAUUGUUGGAGAUGAAAUGAUAAGAGGCAUUUCAGGAGGUCAAAAAAAGCGUGUAACUACAGGCGAGAUGAUUGUGGGUCCCACAAAGACGCUUUUCAUGGACGAGAUAUCGACCGGCCUCGACAGCUCCACCACGUUUCAGAUAGUCAAGUGCUUGCAGCAGAUCGUCCACCUCACCGAGGCCACCGUAUUCAUGUCCCUCCUCCAACCCGCACCCGAGACCUUCGACCUCUUUGAUGACGUCAUCUUGUUAUCCGAAGGUCAGAUCGUGUAUCAGGGCCCACGCCAGCAUGUCGUCGACUUCUUCCAAACCUGCGGCUUCACUUGCCCCGAGCGAAAAGGGACUGCUGAUUUCUUGCAAGAGGAGCAAUACUGGGUCGACCGAUCCAAGCCCUACCGUUACAUACCCGUCUCGGAAUUUGCCCAACGGUUCAAGCGCUUUCACGUCGGCCUACGUCUCGAAAACGAGCUCUCCGUACCUUACGAUAAGGACAGGACUCACAAGGCGGCCCUUGUCUUCAAAAAAUACUCCGUACCCAAACGGGAGCUUCUCAAGGCCAAUUUCGACAAAGAGUGGCUCCUCAUCAAGAGAAACUCGUUCGUCUACGUUUUUAAGACAGUGCAGAUUUUCAUAGUCGCCAUUAUCACGUCGACUCUGUUCUUGCGGACAAACAUGCACACGAGAAAUGAACAGGAUGGAGCCGUUUAUAUUGGCGCGCUUCUGUUUAGUAUGAUAUGCAAUACUUUUAACGGGUUUGCCGAGCUUUCGCUCACUAUACAGAGGCUUCCGGUUUUUUACAAGCAUAGGGACCUUCUGUUUCAUCCGGCUUGGGCUUUUACGCUGCCGACUUUUCUGUUGAGGAUUCCGAUUUCGAUUUUUGAAGCGGUUGUGUGGAUGGUCACCACUUAUUAUACGAUUGGAUUCACGCCCGAGCCUAGCAGGUUCUUCAAGCAAUUCCUGCUGAUAUUCGUGAUCCAGCAAAUGGCGGCAGGGAUAUUCAGGCUGAUAGCCGCAAUAUGCAGGACAAUGAUCAUUGCUAACACCGGUGGCGCAUUAACUCUUUUGCUAGUGUUCCUUUUGGGCGGCUUCAUUCUUCCGAAAAACCAAAUUCCGGACUGGUGGGGUUGGGGCUACUGGCUAUCACCUCUGACCUAUGGAUAUAACGCCAUUGCAGUCAACGAGAUGUUUGCUACGAGAUGGAUGAACAAAUUGGCCUCGGAUAACAGAACUAGAUUGGGAGUGGCCAUUUUGAACAACUUUAAUAUCUUCCCACAGAGAAACUGGUAUUGGAUAGGGGUUGGUGCACUUGUGGGGUUCACGCUAUUGUUCAACGUUCUUUUCACUUUCGCCCUCAUCUCUUGGAAAGCCACAAGCCAUAAUAUCGAAAGAGGAAGCAAGGGAAAUGGAAACCAACCAAGACGAGAAUACCCCCAGACUCAGAACAACAAAUCCGAGACAAGAUUCCUUCCGCAGAUCCUUAUCCAACGACGAUGGGAACAACACAACGGAGAUGACCAUCCAACGUAUGAGCAGCCUUUCAAGUGUCUACGGACUCAGCCGAAGUCAAAACUCGAGCCUCGGGACCGUGAGAGGAAACGCACCUAAGAGAGGAAUGGUUUUGCCUUUCACGCCUUUAUCAAUGUCCUUUGACAAUGUCAACUAUUAUGUCGACAUGCCACCGGAAAUGAAGGAACAAGGAGUGACAGAGGAUAGGCUUCAACUUCUUCGUGAGGUGACAAGCGCUUUCCGGCCCGGAAUCCUAACGGCAUUGAUGGGAGUGAGUGGGGCCGGCAAAACCACACUGAUGGACGUUUUGGCGGGAAGAAAAACCGGAGGCUAUAUCGAGGGCGAUAUCCGAAUAUCCGGUUUUCCCAAAAAUCAAGAGACUUUCGCGAGAAUCUCCGGUUAUUGUGAACAAAAUGACAUCCACUCGCCUCAAGUGACCGUACGCGAAUCUCUUAUUUAUUCCGCAUGCCUCCGCCUUCCGGAAGAAGUCAACAAGGAACAAAAGAUGGCUUUUGUGGAUGAGGUGAUGGAGUUAGUGGAAUUAGAUAAUCUCAAGGAUGCUAUAGUGGGGAUACCAGGAGUCACAGGAUUAUCGACCGAGCAAAGGAAGAGAUUGACUAUAGCUGUGGAGCUCGUUGCAAAUCCUUCGAUUAUAUUCAUGGAUGAGCCGACUUCAGGUCUCGAUGCACGUGCAGCGGCUAUAGUAAUGAGGACUGUGAGGAACACUGUGGAUACUGGCAGGACUGUGGUCUGCACCAUUCAUCAGCCUAGCAUCGACAUUUUCGAAUCUUUUGAUGAGUUGCUUUUGAUGAAAAGAGGAGGGCAGGUGAUUUAUGCAGGACCUUUGGGCCGGCACUCGCAGAAGAUCAUUGAGUACUUCGAGGCGAUUCCCGGUGUUCCAAGAAUCAAAGAGAAGUAUAAUCCGGCCACAUGGAUGCUUGAAGCUAGCUCGAUGGCAAUGGAAGCUAAACUCGGGAUUGAUUUUGCCGAACACUACAAAUCAACAGCCUUAUACGAGCGAAACAAUGCAUUAGUGAAAGAACUAAGUAUACCGGUUCCAGGGGCAAAAGACUUGUACUUCAACACACAAUACUCACAAUCCACUUGGGGACAGUUUAAAUACUGCCUCUGGAAACAAUGGUGGACUUAUUGGAGAAGCCCGGAUUAUAAUCUCGUCAGAUAUUUCUUCACUUUGGCUUGCGCACUUCUUGUCGGGACAAUCUUCUGGCGAGUUGGCACACAAAAGAAUACGGACACGGAUCUUUUGACGAUCAUAGGCGCCAUGUAUGCUUCUGUACUGUUUGUCGGGAUAAAUAAUUGUUCUACGGUACAACCUGUUGUAGCCAUCGAGCGAACUGUGUUCUAUAGAGAAAGGGCUGCAGGGAUGUACUCUGCUCUACCAUAUGCUAUUGCACAGGUCAUUGUAGAAAUACCGUACGUGCUCAUUCAGACGACGUACUAUACCAUAAUCGUGUAUGCGAUGGUGAGCUUCGAGUGGACGGCAGCUAAAUUCUUUUGGUUCUAUUUCGUCACAUUUUUUUCGUUCCUAUACUUCACGUAUUACGGGAUGAUGACUGUCUCCAUCACACCAAACCAUCAAGUUGCCGCGAUUUUUGCAGCUGCUUUUUACGCGUUGUUCAAUCUGUUUUCCGGGUUCUUCAUCCCCAGGCCUAAAAUCCCAAAGUGGUGGGUAUGGUAUUACUGGAUUUGCCCGGUGGCAUGGACAGUCUACGGACUAAUCAUCGGACAAUAUGGCGAUGUUGAGACAACAAUUAGUGUGGCCGGAAUGAGCACACAACCGACCAUCAAAUCGUACAUUCAGACCCAUUUUGGGUACGAUCCCGACUUCAAAGGCCCAGUUGCAGCCGUGCUUGUUGGCUUUGCGGUUUUUUUCGCCUUCAUGUAUGCCUAUUGCAUCAAAACCUUAAAUUUCCAAAUGAGGUAAAUGAAUUGAUGAGGUUGAAAUCAUGAUGAAACUCUUCUUUGUGAAGUGUACAGACUUUUCUUUUCAUUUUUUUUUUUUUUUUCAAUAAUUUGUUGGGGGUUGCAUUUUUAUGUUUUAAGUUGGUUCUGUUUAUAUAGAGAACGACGUUGAUAGCUUUGUUAUGUAACGAUGAGCCUAGAAAAUCAGAAUCAGAUUGUGUGUAAUAAUGUUACUUGUAUUAGAUAUUUGUGGUUUUAUAGUAACUGAUUAUGUAGUUUGAGAUACUACUUUCUGAGUCAAG